AUGGAAUUGGAUUCAGAGUUGUUACGACUACCAGACCGUACGUCUGGGCGUCAUAGUAUGACUGCACGGGAAUUGUGUGACAAUGAUGACAUGGCAACCAGCAUCGUUGUGGAUCCUGUGCUUGGUUUUUGCACGCACAAAAUGAAUCUUCAUUACCAUCCUCCACAGCACGAUGAACUAUUUCAAUUGAGAGAAAUAUUAACCACUUACAUGGAUAAUCAAGAUCUAUGCGUGGCACUCAGGAACAUUUUUCACGUGGGCAGAGUGAGCAAUUUUUUGCAACGGCGAACAUUGAAGCAACAGCUCGCUUUUCGAGAUCAUCUCUUACGAUUUUUGCAAAUGUACAAAGUAGAUGCGGGUUUUACAGUUCGAGCAUGCCGUCGUUAUAGAACGGAAAAUUGCCUAGGUGGAAAAUUAGUUGCCACAAAGUCUUGGUUAGUGAUAGAUUCUCGUUUUGACAUGCAAAAGGGUGACGUGAUCAAUAGUUUAGUGGGUGUAAUUGGUAAUCUCAGUCACGAAGAAGAAUCUGUGUUGUUGCGAAAAGAUGUCAAUGAUUUUUCUGUGAUGUAUAGUACAAGAAAACGACGAGCUCAAUUAUGGCUUGGUCCAGCAGCUUAUAUUAAUCACGAUUGUCAUCCAAAUUGUAAAUUUGUGCCAAAUAAUCAAACUGCUGUUGUUCAGGAAAUCACUGCAUAUUAUGGCGAUAAUUUUUUCGGCGAUAACAACUGUCGCUGCGAAUGCAUAACUUGUGAGCACAUUUGCGGGGGUUGUGGUAAUGAUUUCAGAAAUUCAAGUGCUGAAAUUCCUUCACUUAUAAAGUAUGAUGAGCCGAAAAAAUCCGGCAACAGUUAUAAAUUGCGGUCAACAAAUUCGAGGCUUGAUCGUUGUGGGCAACAGUCUCGUGAACUCAUAUCUUUGCCAGAAAGGCGACAUAUUAUUGGAUCUGAAACAAUGAAGUUCGCUGGUGCUUCUGAAAAAUUGUCUUCAAAAGUGAACGUUCACCAUCAUGUUAUUAGGGAUGAGCAAAAGCUGGAGUGUACUGUAACAGCUCCUUCAUUUACAACUGUAUUAUCAUCUGCAGUGCCACCUCUGCCAACUUUUGUAGAUACUGAAUAUUAUAAUAUAGUAAACGCAUCAAAAAGGAACCGCUUACAUACAAAUAGUACGGGCGUUGCACAUGCCCUAUUCUCAAAUUCUAAAAAAUCUCAUGUUACGAAAAUUGUUAAACAAAAUAAAUUAUCUGGGCACAGUAAAUCUAAAAACAGCAAAUCUAACUUUAAUUUGAACUGUAAAAUGUCCUCACAACUAAGCUGUAAAAAAACAUUCAUUCAGCGUGACAGUUCACAUAUUUUUACCUCUGUUGCAAGCAAUUUGAGCCAUACUAAAAAAUGUCAUUCGCUGGCUUAUUCACGGGGGUCUUUAAAUCACGUGUCCGGUAUUAAGGAAUAUGAUGACUCAAACUCAGAAUCAAACUCUGAUUGCUGCGUUGGUUACAGUGCUAUAUCAGAUGGAGCUUAUUCAUUUUCUGAAUCUGAUAGUUCAAAAAAAAUUGAUUCUGAAGUAUAUUUCUCUUCAACUAAUGACACAACUUCAACAGUUUCUGUUGAGGAUUUAUGCUAUGACGAUGAUGAUGAAGUUCUUGAUAGCACUUCUAGAGAUUCGGUUGAUAGUUUGUGUGGGCCUCAAAAAUCCGCACAGUAUGAUGAGGUAUCUAAUUCAUAUUUAAACAACGUGCACGAGAGACCUAGACCCAAAGUCCAUCCUUAUUAUGAAAUCGCAUUUCAUAGCCUAUUAACUCCCAAUUCUAGAUAG